GAGACCCCUACCCCUCCUCCAUAGGAGCCAGCGCUGACCAUGAGAUGAAAGAGCGAGAUCUGCGUGUUAACUCUAUCGAAAAAGAAAAAGGUUUGCGGCCCAAGGCUGUCUAUGAUCGAUUAGCGAAUCCUAAUGGCUUCGCAGUUGGGCUGAGCUGUUUGGAGCAGGGAGUUAUGGCUUUUGCUGUUCCUUUGGGCGCUGAGGCUUACAGAGGGGAGAGGACCCGGUUCUCGAAGGCAGUAGGAGAAACGGAGCCAGUGGGCUUCAGUGAGGAGAGACGGUGUCUCACGGGACAAGGCAGCAGUUUUACAACAUCAUCAGGAAUAUAUGCAGGAAAUAAUUCACUCACAAAUUCUACUGGAUUUAAUAGUUCACAGCAGGAAUAUCCUUCUUAUCCCAGUUUUGGCCAGGGCCAGUAUGCACAGUAUUAUAAUAGCUCACCAUAUCCUUCACAUUACAUGACAAACAGCAACACCAGCCCAACGACACCCUCCACAAAUGCAACAUACCAGCUUCAAGAACCACCAUCUGGCAUCACCAGUCAAGCGGUUACAGAUCCUGCAGCAGAAUACAGUACAAUCCACAGCCCUUCAACACCCAUUAAAGAUUCAGAUUCAGAUAGAUUGCGUCGUAGUUCAGAUGGGAAAUCACGUGGACGUGGCAGAAGAAACAAUAAUCCUUCACCACCACCUGACUCUGAUCUAGAGAGAGUAUUCAUUUGGGAUUUGGAUGAGACAAUCAUCAUUUUCCAUUCCUUGCUUACAGGGUCCUAUGCCAACAGAUAUGGAAGGGAUCCACCCACCUCUGUAUCUCUUGGACUCCGAAUGGAAGAGAUGAUUUUCAAUUUGGCGGACACGCAUCUAUUCUUUAACGAUUUAGAAUGGCCUGUUACUAAGGGUCCUCCGCCUUCCCCAGCGGCAGACGUGGUGGUUUUGAAGGAACAUGCCCUCCUGGAGCUGCAGUUUGUCGUUCUUGUGAGCGUCACCAUUAUUAGCAGGGCCUGCCUGGUUCCCAAGGCCUGCGACCUCGGGGCAGAUUCCGCGCAUCCAUCUCAGCAACUCAAAGUCCUUGCUUGGUGGUUUGGAAGUUCAGACUGCCCUACAGCUUGA